AUGUCGGUCCUGGUGCGCAACGGGAAGGCAGCAAGUCCUUGGCUUACGAAGCACGACUUGUUGCACAAUUACAGUGGCGCCUAUACAACUGCGCGGACAGUUUCCCAAAGCUCCAUUUUCGAAUUUUCUAUGCAUUGCCAAAGGCUGGUGGACACUGGCAGAGAUGUUCUGCGAAGAAGAUUGGAGGAAACUCCUGAGCUGGAGGGUCGCUUUCGCAAAGCUCUGAGCUUCCUUGAGCCAGCGAAUGUACGGUCGGUUCUGAAGUGCGAGUGCCUGACUGCUUUCGACUACUUGAAGAGCCUGGAGCAGUCCGAGCAGGGCGUCCAUGAUUGCGAGUAUCAAGUGACCGUCCUUCUCACAAGUGACACUGCAGAAGACGAAGGUCCUGGCCUUGAUGUCUACACCUAUGUGCAAGCGCUCCCAUUUGUUGAAGCUACAGUUGCCGUAGAAGCAAGGCAAGCACAGAGAAGCAAUCCUACAGUGAAAGACGCUCAGUGGGUGAAUGACCGGCAGCACCUUGAAGAGAUUCAGCGUCAGCUUGGUGUGAAUGAAGUGAUUAUGCACGAUGAUUCUGGUAGCAUUUCUGAAGGGCUUCAGACCAACUUCUUUGCAGAGAUUGAUGGCGUUUUGCUUACAGCCCCGGAUGACUGCGUGCUUUCUGGCACUGUGCGGAAGGUGGUUCUUGAAGUCUCCAAGGCCAACGGUAUUCCAGUCAAGCUCGAAUGCCCGAAUAUGGGCGACAUAAAUCGUUGGGGCAGCUGCUUUAUUUGCUCAACUUCCCGUUUGGUGAAGCCCAUCCACGCGCUUACCUCGCCAAAUUUUGGCGAACGACGCUUUGAGAAGGGCGCAGGCCUUGCGCAUCGGCUGGAGGAGUUGGUUCUGCAAUCUGUACAGCAGCAUGCGGAGCCCCUAACUGAGUGA